UGGCUGCUGCUAUGCUAAGUAGCUCAGUGGCUUGGGGAGCCCCAGAGCACCUGUGAGUUCACGGAAGUCGGCCCCAAUUCGGCCCAGUCCAGUCCGAACGCGCCCGGCCCCCGCCUUGGAUCGGCCCCCGCCCGGCGCGCCAUGGGCCCCUCGUGCCGCAGCCUCUCCGCGCUCCUGCUACUGCUGCAGGUUUCGUCCUGGCUCUGCCAGGAGGUGGAGGAGCCCUGCCAGCCCGGCUUUGGCGCAGAGAGCUACACGUUUACCGUCCCCUGGCACCUAGAGAGAGGCCGCGCCCUGGGCAGAGUGAGUUUUGAAGGAUGCACGGGUCGACCAAGAACAGCCUACUUUUCUACCGACUCCCGAUUCAAAGUAGGUACAGAUGGUGUAGUCAGAGUCAAAUGGCCUCUUCUGUUUCAUAAACCAGAGAUCAGUUUUUCUGUCCACGCCUUGGAAUUCACCUUCAGAAAGUUUUCCACCAAAGUUACGCUGAAGGCAGAGGGACCCCAUCCUCAGCACCACAACCACCAUCAGCGCCGGGACAAUCACCACCACCAGGACCCUGACCAGGACAUUUCCCCAGGAUCCCAGAUAGAAGUGAUCAAAUUUCCCAACUUCCACCAUGGUCUCAGAAGGCAGAAGAGAGACUGGGUUAUCCCUCCCAUCAGCUGCUCAGAAAAUGAAAAAGGCCCAUUUCCUAAAAGGCUGGUUCAGAUCAAAUCCAACAGGGACAAAGAAACUAAGGUUUUCUACAGCAUCACUGGCCAAGGAGCUGAUACACCCCCUGUUGGUGUGUUUAUUAUUGAAAGAGAAACAGGAUGGCUGAUGGUGACAGAGCCUCUGGAUAGAGAAAAAAUUGCCAACUACACUCUCUUUUCUCAUGCUGUGUCAUCGAAUGGGAAUGCAGUUGAGGAUCCCAUGGAGAUUGUUAUCACAGUGACAGAUCAGAAUGACAACAGGCCUCAGUUCAUCAAAGAGGUCUUUGAGGGAUCUGUCAUGGAAGGUGCUCUUCCAGGAACCUCUGUGAUGCAGGUCUCAGCCACUGACGCAGAUGAUCCUAACACCUACAACGCUGAGAUCGCUUAUGCCAUCCUCAGCCAAGAGCCUACAUUGCCUCACAGCCAAAUGUUUACCAUCAAUCGGAUCACAGGGGUCAUCAGCGUGGUCACCACCGGGCUGGACAGAGAGAGUUAUCCCACAUAUACCCUGGAGGUUCAGGCUGCUGACCUUCAAGGUGAAGGUUUAAGCACAACAGCAAAAGCCGUGAUCACGGUGACUGACGUCAACGAUAAUCCUCCCAUCUUCAACCCAACCACGUAUGAGGGUCAGGUUCCUGAGAAUGAGCCCGAAGCCGUCAUCACUACGCUCACGGUGACUGAUGAUGAUGCCCCCAAUACCCCAGCAUGGCAGGCCGUGUACAGCAUACUAAAUGAUCCUGACAAGCAAUUUACUGUCACCACAGACCCAAUAACGAACAACGGCAUUUUGAAAACAACUAAGGGCUUGGAUUUUGAGGCCAAGCAGCAGUACAUUCUACAUGUGACAGCAACAAAUGUGAUCCCCUUUGAAGUGAUUCUUCAGACUUCCACAGCCACUGUCACUGUCGAUGUGCUGGACAUCAAUGAAGCCCCCAUCUUUGUGCCCGCCGAAAAAAGAGUGGAAGUACCAGAAGACUUUGGGGUGGGCUUGGAAAUCACUUCCUACACUGCUCGGGAGCCGGACACAUUUAUGCAACAGAAGAUUACGUAUCGGAUUUGGAGGGACACUGCCAACUGGUUGGAGAUUAAUCCGGAGACUGGUGCCAUUUCUACUCGGGCUGAGCUGGACAGAGAGGCCUUUGAGCAUGUGAAGAACAGCACGUACACAGCUCUCAUCAUCGCCACCGACAAUGGUUCUCCAAUCGCCACUGGCACAGGAACCCUCCUCUUGAUCCUCUCCGAUGUGAACGACAAUGCCCCCAUACCAGAACCCCGAAGCAUGCACUUCUGCCAGAGGGAUCCACAGCCUCACAUCAUAAACAUCAUCGAUCCAGAUCUGUCCCCCAACACUUCCCCCUUCACAGCAGAACUCACACAUGGGGCGAGUGUCAACUGGACCAUUGAGUACAAUGGCGCAGCCCAAGAGUCUCUCAUCUUGAAGCCAAAGAAAACCUUAGAGGUGGGUGACUACAAAAUCAAUCUCAAGCUCAUUGAUAACCAAAACAAAGACCAAGUGACCACUUUGGAUGUCAUCGUGUGUGACUGUGAAGGGGCCGUCAACAACUGUAUGAGGGCAAAUUAUGCGGAAGCUGGAUUGCAGGUUCCCGCCAUUCUCGGGAUUCUUGGAGGAAUCCUUGGUUUGCUACUUCUGAUUCUGCUGCUCCUACUGUUUGUUCGGAGGAGAGGGGUGGUCAAAGAGCCCUUACUGCCUCCAGAAGAUGACACCCGGGACAAUGUUUAUUACUAUGAUGAAGAAGGAGGUGGAGAAGAAGACCAGGAUUUUGACUUGAGCCAGUUACACAGGGGCCUGGAUGCUCGGCCUGAAGUGACUCGCAAUGACGUAGCACCGACCCUCAUGAGUGUGCCCCAGUAUCGUCCCCGCCCUGCCAAUCCUGAUGAAAUUGGGAAUUUUAUUGAUGAAAACCUGAAGGCUGCUGACAGUGACCCCACAGCUCCCCCUUACGACUCUCUGCUCGUGUUCGACUAUGAAGGAAGUGGUUCCGAAGCUGCUAGUCUGAGCUCCCUGAACUCCUCGGAGUCAGACAAGGAUCAAGACUAUGACUACCUGAGUGAGUGGGGCAAUCGCUUCAAGAAGCUGGCGGACAUGUAUGGAGGUGGCGAGGAUGACUAAGCAGACUUGAGAGGCCUGAGCAAUAUGAAAUGCAGGACAAUGUUGCUGGUGAUAUUCAGCUCUCUUCUCUUGCCAUGAGUCUCUUGGACCAAGGCUGAUUCAUGACACAGUUCAGAUAGUUAUGGUUUUCUCUUCAUAUCUCUGUUUUGUGUGUGUUAAGAAGGUUUUGACUUACUCAUUAAAUAUUUUCCCCCCAUUUAAUCUUUUUUUUUUUUUUUUUUGGUACCAGGGAUCGAACUCGGGUCCUUGUGCUUCUGAGGCAGGCGGCAGAAGCACUGAGCUAAAUCCCCAGCCCCUCACCCCUUUAAUCUUUACAUCAUAAUAAGGUCCCAAAGCUCCUGGAAUUUUGAUACUUCAAAGAACAAUUUCAGCUUCAGAUAUCUCUGCUAGCCGCCAGGCGUUGUGGUGCACACGUAUAAUCCUAGUACUCAGAAGGCUGAGGCAGAAGGAUCACUGUGAGUUUGAAGCCAGCCUGGGCUACAUAGUGAGUUCAAGGCCAUCAUGAACUACAUAGUAAGACCCUGUCUCAAAAAAAAGUCAAUUGUAAAAUAAGUUGUUUCUGCUAGCAACUUAUAGAUUUCCUCAAGGAAGUUUGUCUCAUGUUUAAAAGGAGGGCCAAAGUCAAAUGUUGUUUUAUAUUUUUUUAAAAAAUUUUUUAUUGAAUGCCUCCUUCACCACCACCUAAUCACUGCACUGAUGUCCUGUGUCCUAAUCUCCACUCUUACUCCUGAAUUCUGUUGCCCUGCCAUACAUGGGAGUCCUGAUACAGAAAAUACUGGGCCCUUUUAGGGCGACGGGCAUGUGUCUUGGUCUGGCCAUGUCUUGACUGGGUAUUGUGUACUCUAAAGACUUCUUGGUUUUCCUUUUCAGCUCCUAAGUAUUAGGUUGAAAUGGGCAUCAAUGCAUUUACUUGUUCUGAGUCAGUGUUUGUUAUGUGAAUGUCAUUGUGGGAUACUUUGGUUCUGUAUCAGGAGCCUUGACCAGAAAAUACGGUGAAUUUUCAGGUGCCACUUAAUUUUUCAUGUUUAUUUAUUAAUAACACUUAGAAUAGUGCCUACAGUGCUACAGCCAAAGACAGAAAAGAAAUAUGGGCAUGGAGGUGGCAGGAGAGCUUGUCAUUAUUUUGGCCAUUUAGCAAAUUGAUUUUGAGGAUGGCUGAGGUGGGGCAGCCUCUUUUCUUGAACGUCCGUGAAGAAAAGGGGAAUCUUAACCUGUGUUUCCUACUGGGAUUCCCAUACCAUGGGCUGUAUACAAAAGCCCAGCAUCUCCAAAUGCUUGUUUUUGAUGGUGUCUAGAAAGAAUGCUGGCCAAUCUGGACAUAGAUGCCUGAUUCCAAGUGUGCACAGAAAAUACAAUAUUGAGAAUUCCAACUUUUUUUCUUAGGAGAAGAAAGAAAACACUGUUCUAAUGGACAUUAGAAAGGGGGAAGGAGGAGAAAGGACCUUGAUUAAAUCUUUUCUUUUUUUUUACAUUCAAAAUGCAAGUUUCAACUGUUGAUAACCACAGGAAGGAGUUUUUUGAAAUUGCUUUGCUGUUAAGUGGGGGAGGAAAAAAAUCAUGCCUGUAAUCAAUUGUUGGAAUUGUCUUGAUUUUUCUGCAGUUUAAACCAUAUCUAAUGUAGCUGGGUGUAGAGAAUGUCAUUGUAGUUUUGACUGUAAAUGUGUGUGGGUGCUGAUAAUUUUGUAUCUUCUUUGGGAGUGGAAAAGGAAAACAAGCAAGAAAAUUAUUCCCAAAGAUGCAUUUUUAUAAAUUUUAUUAAAGAGUUUUGUUAAGCCAUUGUCAAACUUGUUUGAUUUGAUCCCACUGGUAUUCCAAAGAAGAUAAAGGAGGGGAGUUUAGUCAAAGCCUGGAGACAGAAACUUCAGUCUCCAGAGUGUUCAGCCAUUCUGCUUGGGGCCAAGAAGAGGAAUCCACAUUUACUAGGCCACUUUACCUGAAGACUGUCUUUGUGGCCUGAAACCAGCAGUGGGCUGUUCCACCCGGCAGAAACAAAGUUUCAAACAGUCCUUGUCUAUCUGGUCAGCCAGGGGAACUCUGCUGAAGAGGGUUUUGUCAUCUUUGGCGAUAACAAGGCCAUGUUACUGUCACCAAGUCAAGGCCAGCCAUGCUGUUAAACACCCUGCAAUGCACAGGACUCCCCCACAACAAGGAGUUCCCCAACCCAUGAUGUCAGUAGCGCUGAGAAACCCUGGAACAGAUCUGCAACAUUUUUUCUGCUAUACAGGAAUAGUUUUUUCUUCUUUUGAUAAUUUAUUUUAUUUUUGAGACAGGCUCUAGCUGUGUAGUUCAGGCUGGCCUCAGCCUUCUGAGUGCUGGGAUUACAGGCUUACGCCAUCACACCUGGCUUUGAUAAUCUUUGAAAAAUUGUAGUAAAUAUGGGCCGGAGAUGUAGCUCAGUGGUGCCACACCUACCUGGCAAAUCAAAAGGUCCUAAGUUAGAUACCUGGUACCAAAAAAAAUUAUAGUAAAUAUAACAAUAUCAUUUUAACCAUUUGUGAUUAUAUAGUUAAGUGUCAUUAAGUACAUUCCAAUUAUUGCACAGCCAUUAAUACUAUCCAUCUUCAGAAACUUUUCAUCCCAAACUGCAACUGUACUCAUUUUACCUUUUUUUUUUGGUACCAGGGAUCAAACUUGGGACCUUGAACUUGCAAGGAGGCAAUGGAACUGCUGCGCUAAAUCCCCAGCCCCUCAUUUUACCAUUUUUAAGUGUACAAGUUAAUGAUGCUUAGUACACUCAAAUUGUUGUAUAUCUACCCCUUCUACUGCCAGAACAUUUUGUUUUUGAGAUAGGGUCUUGCUGUAUAGUUCAGGCUGGCCUUGAACUUGCAGUGAUCCUCCUGCCUCAGCCUCCCAAGUGCUGGGAUUACAGGAAUGUGCCACCCUGCCUAGCUCCAAAACAUUUUUUAUCACUCCAAAAAAAUUUCUGUAUCCAACAUCCAAAAACCUCUCCAUUAUCUGUCUCUCCUCAGCCCCUGGUAAUAAAUACCCUAUUCUGUU